CCACAUUUCAAGAACUCUCUCUCUCCCUCUCUCUUUCUCACACACACAGCACACACAAACAUCUCUCUUCUUCCUAGUGUGUGAUCUGUGUGUGGGUAUUUCCAUGGCUGCUGCGACGGAGAAUGGCCAUCACUCGAACGGGUUCUGCGUGCAGAAGCAGAAGGAUCCGUUGAACUGGGGCGCGGCGGCGGAGGCCCUGAAAGGGAGCCACCUCGAUGAGGUGAAGCGGAUGGUGGAGGAGUUCAGGAAGCCGGUGGUGAAGCUGGGCGGAGAGACGCUGACUAUAUCCCAGGUGGCGGCGAUCGCAUCCAGGGAUAAUGCGGUGGCGGUGGAGCUGGCAGAGUCGGCGAGGGCCGGCGUGAAGGCCAGCAGCGACUGGGUUAUGGAGAGCAUGAAUAAGGGGACGGAUAGCUACGGCGUCACCACCGGUUUCGGGGCGACGUCGCAUCGGAGGACCAAGCAGGGUGGCGCUCUGCAGAAGGAGCUCAUUAGGUUCUUGAAUGCUGGAAUAUUCGGACAAGGCACUGAGUCAUGUCACACUCUGCCCCACUCGGCAACAAGAGCAGCAAUGCUUGUCCGAAUCAACACCCUUCUCCAGGGCUACUCAGGCAUCAGGUUUGAAAUCCUGGAAGCCAUCACCAAGUUCCUCAACCACAAUAUCACUCCAUGCUUGCCCCUUCGUGGCACGAUCACAGCCUCUGGUGACCUCGUCCCCUUAUCCUACAUUGCUGGGCUGCUCACUGGCCGCCCCAAUUCUAAGGCCGUUGGCCCCAAUGGAGAAGCCCUCAAUGCUGAGGAGGCCUUCAAGCUUGCUGGUGUUGUUGGAGGGUUCUUCGAGUUGCAGCCAAAAGAAGGGCUUGCACUGGUCAAUGGCACGGCUGUUGGUUCUGGUUUGGCCUCGAUUGCCCUGUACGAAGCCAACAUUCUUGCUGUGUUAUCCGAAGUUAUGUCGGCUGUUUUUGCUGAAGUUAUGAAUGGAAAGCCUGAGUUCACCGAUCAUUUAACGCACAAGUUGAAGCACCAUCCCGGUCAGAUUGAGGCUGCUGCCAUCAUGGAACACAUCCUUGAUGGUAGCUCUUAUGUUAAGGCUGCUGAGAAGAUGCACGAAAUGGAUCCGUUGCAGAAGCCGAAGCAAGACAGAUAUGCUCUUAGAACGUCGCCCCAGUGGCUCGGGCCUCAAAUUGAAGUCAUUCGCACAGCGACUAAGAUGAUUGAGAGGGAGAUCAACUCUGUCAAUGAUAACCCCUUGAUUGAUGUCUCAAGGAACAAGGCCUUGCACGGUGGGAAUUUCCAGGGUACCCCAAUUGGAGUGUCCAUGGACAACGUUAGAUUGGCCAUUGCAGCGAUCGGGAAGUUGAUGUUUGCUCAAUUUUCUGAACUGGUUAAUGAUUUCUACAACAACGGGUUGCCUUCUAAUCUCUCCGGUGGGAGGAAUCCCAGCUUGGAUUACGGUUUCAAGGGAGCUGAAAUUGCCAUGGCUUCCUACUGUUCAGAGAUCCAGUUCUUGGCAAAUCCCGUAACAAAUCACGUGCAGAGUGCUGAGCAACAUAACCAAGAUGUUAACUCUUUGGGCUUGAUCUCUUCAAGGAAAACAGUUGAGGCUUUGGACAUCUUGAAGCUCAUGUCCUCCACAUACCUAAUUGCUCUGUGUCAAGCCAUUGAUUUGAGGCACUUGGAGGAGAAUCUGAGGCUAGCUGUCAAGAACACCGUCAGCCAAGUUGCUAAGAGAACUCUAACAAUGGGUGUCAAUGGAGAGCUUCAUCCAUCAAGAUUCUGCGAGAAGGAUCUGCUCCGAGUGGUGGACCGUGAGUACGUCUUUGCAUACGUCGAUGACCCUUGCAGUGAAAACUACCCAUUGAUGCAGAAACUGAGGCAAGUGCUCGUGGAACACGCAUUAAAAAAUGGCGACAACGAGAAGAACUUGAGCACGUCUAUCUUCCAGAAAAUUGGUGCUUUUGAGGAUGAACUUAAAGCCCUCUUGCCCAAAGAAGUCGAGAGUGCCAGAAUUGCGUUGGAGAGUGGAAAUCCAGCUAUCGCUAACAGGAUCAAGGAAUGCAGAUCAUACCCCUUGUACAGAUUCAUUAGGGAGGAACUGGGAACCGGGUUCUUGACUGGAGAGAAGGUUACAUCGCCGGGCGAGGAGGGUGACAAGGUGUUCACAGCAUUGAGCAAGGGGCUGAUUGUUGAUCCAUUGUUGAAAUGCCUUGAGGGUUGGAGUGGUUCACCUCUUCCUAUCUGCUAGUUAAGUUUGAUUCUUGGAAAACAUGAUGCCUUUUGUUAGAUUCUUGUUUCUGAUUUUCAACUUGUGUCUAUGUAACCUCUGUGUAAGGUGAAUUACUAUGUGUAAAAAGUUUCUUAAGACUUUCAUGUUACCCUAUAAUUAUCGAAUGUUCAGACCUCAAAUGCGUUGAUUUUUGAUGAA